GGCGUCGGGACGAAGGCCGGCGGGCGCCUGGGCACCCGGACGCCGGUGGAGCCUCGGGAUGAGCCGGGGCCCAGCCAGUGCCCUCUUCCCGGACCCGCCUCCGCUGUCCCCUGUCCUGCUGAGCUCUCGAGGCUGGGCGCCCACCAGCUUGAUAGAGGACCCCAAGGCCCAGAGCCCUGCGGGCUUGGAAGUCCUUGGCGGGUGCUUUUCUAGGCUGAACCCCAGGAGAAGGCGGCCGGCUGGGCUGCGAAGCCGGGAAGGAGCGGGAAGCCUCAGGCGCCAUCCCACUUUAAUCACCGGCUUGGCAGGGGUCUCUGUGGGUUGAACUAGGACUGGAUCUGUUUCUUCAGGACUUGAACCUUACCCGGGACCCCAGAGUUCAUGGGGGCGAAUCCCCAUUGUUACAAACGGGUACACUGAGGCCCAAACAAGAAGGGACUUGCCAAGUUGCUCUGGGUCCUGUUGGCAUUCACCUGUGUCUGAACCCGUGCUGCACACCUCUCGGAUUCUGCCCGCUCCCUCUCCAUCUUCCACCUCCCACCCCACUGUGCUCUCAGCUGCCCCCUCACAGUCCAGGAGCUCAGCCAUUGACAAGCGGUCGGGGGAGAAGGUGGCCAUCAAGAAGCUGAGCCGGCCCUUCCAGUCUGAGAUCUUUGCCAAGCGUGCCUACCGGGAGCUGAUGCUGCUGAAACACAUGCAGCAUGAGAAUGUCAUUGGGCUCCUGGAUGUCUUCACCCCAGCCUCUUCCCUGCGUAACUUCCACGACUUCUACCUGGUGAUGCCCUUCAUGCAGACAGACCUGCAGAAGAUCAUGGGGAUGGAGUUCAGUGAGGACAAGAUCCAGUACCUGGUGUAUCAGAUGCUCAAGGGUCUCAAGUACAUCCACUCCGCUGGGGUGGUCCACAGGGACCUGAAGCCAGGCAACCUCGCUGUGAAUGAGGACUGCGAGCUGAAGAUCUUGGAUUUUGGGCUGGCUCGGCCUGCAGAUGCAGAGAUGACUGGCUACGUGGUGACCCGCUGGUACCGGGCCCCUGAGGUGAUCCUCAGCUGGAUGCACUACAACCAGACUGUGGACAUCUGGUCUGUGGGCUGUAUCAUGGCAGAGAUGCUAACUGGGAAAACUCUAUUCAAGGGAAAAGACUACCUGGACCAACUGACCCAGAUCCUGAAGGUGACCGGGGUGCCGGGCGCCGAGUUUGUGCAGAAGCUGAAAGACAAAGCGGCCAAAUCCUACAUCCAGUCCCUGCCACAGAGCCCUAAGAAGGAUUUCUCUCAGCUCUUCCCGCAUGCCAGCCCCCAGGCUACAGACCUGCUGGAGAAGAUGCUAGAACUGGACGUGGACAAGCGCCUGACGGCCUCGCAGGCGCUCACCCACCCCUUCUUUGAACCCUUCCGGGACCCCGAGGAGGAGACAGAGGCCCAGCAGCCACUUGAUGAUUCCUUAGAGCAUGAGAAACUCACAGUGGAUGAAUGGAAGCAGCACAUCUACAAGGAGAUUGCGAACUUCAGCCCCAUUGCCCGGAAGGACUCGAGGCGCCGGAGCGGCAUGAAGUUGCAGUGACCUGUCGAGCCCCAUCCUCAGCUGAGCCCAGGAACCACCACAUGGCACCACCUGCCAGCCGCUGCCCCUGGGACCCCUAUUUAUUUGUCACUACUAAUGUUUCCACUUGGACUGUAGCCUUCCAAGUGGAGGAGAGAGGGCUGUUGUCCUGGUAUAGGAAACAGGCCUCAUAGAUACAGAGUUGAGAGGGGUUGGUUGGGAGAAAACGGCUCUGAUCAUAACUGGCCUCAUUAAAGCACCCUUCUGGAGAACUGCC